GAUUGCUUCGAAGACGGCUUGCUCACACAGAGUGGAAACAAGUUGGCCGUCAAAACUUCUGAUGGCCAUCGCGGGGGCAUCGUGCAAAAGAAGCCCAAUGUUUACGAGGCGGACGUUAUCGUAGAUGGAUGUGUGCAGUGCCCGAAGGUGUUGCAAAGAUGCCCGGUACUCUCAGCUCUGUUGGCACAGGAGUCGCAUCUGCGCAAGAUGCUCAGCCUUGCGAGCUCCUGGUUGCAGCUUGACAGGCUUGAGCAAGCCAAGGUGCAGGUGAACACUGGUUCUGGUGGGGCAUUUCCCUGCCACUUCGAUCUGCCUGCAGCCUCUGAUGCGCGACGCAUUUUGACCGCUUUGUUAUAUCUCAACCCGGAUUGGGCUGACGGUGACGGAGGGGAAGUGGAAAUACUCCCCUUCCCCUUUGCAGAUUCUCCCUUGCCGCCCUUGGACAGACGCCUCGUUGUGUUUUCAUCUCGCACGACAUUGCACCGUGUGCGGCCUUUCCGCGGAGCUUCGAGCCGUGUUUGCAUCAAUCUUUGGUUUGAGGGGGAGGCGCAGAUCCCGUUCCCGGCGCCUCUGCGAGCCCCAUCGGUCGACGAGCAGGUGCUGAAGGUGAUUCGCAUACUGCGGCAGCAGCCUGUUGAGCUUCGAGCCUUCUGCAAGGUUUGGUACAGCAACCUUUUCGUGGAAUCGCUUCGGGAUGCCUUUGAGGCCUCCGAGGCACUGGAGGCAGCCCUGGAACUCCACCAGAUCGAGAGGCAGGCUGUGGAGUCUCGCAUUGCCCCAGCCACGCUCCGGCUGCUGCGGGAGUUCUUGCCCCUGGGACCCCUGGCCGAGCAGGUGGAGGAGGCUGCCGAAAUGACGGAUCUCUUUGAUGGGUCUGUCUUGCAGAAGUGCGUCAAGGACAACUCGCAGGUGCUCAUCAACUGCCGCAACAAUCGGAAGAUCUUGGCCCGAGUCAAGGCGUUCGAUCGGCAUUCGAACAUGGUCCUGGAGAAUGUGAGGUGGCCGAUUUGGGCUCAACAGGGUGCCACUGUGGUCCCCUUUCCGGCUGAGAACCUUACCAGGCUUGUUCCCGCCUCGCCCCAUGGGUGCCGGGACCACAACCGCCUCUUCAUGCCAGCCAUGAGGGUACUUACGAUUUUUUAUGCCCUGGCGAUAGCAGCGGCAGCGCGGAAAUCCUACGGGGUGAUCGAGACCAGUUGUGAGAGCUGCGAGGCCAGUGCUCGAGGAGGAGUUCUACUGCAGCGAACUGUGCUGAACAGAGUUCGGGAAAUUCUGGGAUCAGGACAGUUUCUGGAGCACUUCGAGCCCAAGCAAAACUCGAACAGCACGCCCAGCGAAGGCUCUGUCCGCCAUCUGCCUUGCGGCCAACUGAUAAAGCUCAAUGCUUCCUUUGCCCUGGAUGCCACAUGUCCCUCCUCCUGUCCACUCCACGUGGAUCCCACCAGCGAUUCAGUGAAGGACUUCUGCCAGUCCAUGUGCGUGAAAGAGGGAGCGUGCAAGCUCCACAAUCCAAAGGCACCUGUUGGAGAUCCCGGCAUCGGCUCCUGCCGAGGAGCGGUGGUGGACGGAUGCCAGGUGCCCAGCGAAGAUGGCACAGACUCGUGCGAGGAGUGUGACGGCUUCUUCUACCUCACGAAAGAUCGGAAGUGUGCUCGUAAAUAUGCCUGGGUGCUCUACGUCAGUGCAGCGGUGCUGGUGGUGGUGAUUCUGCUGGCUCUCGCGAUCUUGGUCGAUCUGCUGAUGCGGCCUGUGACGAAUGAAGCCGGGCUUGAGGACGCCCUUGCUUACCGCUCGCGGCAGAAGUUAAGGAUGCCGAACGUUGAUGGAAGCGGGCGCCACCUGUACCCUUUGUCGACAAAUCUUUGUACGGGUAUCGUUGGUGGUCCGGGCCUGGCGCUGCACUUCCGCUUCCAGGCAGUCAUCGUCAUCUGGGCUGCCGUCAUUGCCUCCAGCUGGAUGCUGUUGGCGCUGCUUGUGGACUAUGACCUGCUAGUCCUCGGCACGAAGGAGUUCGGGACCGCAUUUCGGAACUGCGUUCUGGUUGCCUGGGGCCGUGCGACACAGCGGAGGCUCAUGUGGCUGAAGACGUGGUUUCUGAGCUUUGUCUACAUCUUUUCAUUUCUAGGAAGUGUCUUUUUCGGCGCUCGCCAAUUGUACUUCUGGGAGCGCCUCGAUGACAACAACGACACCAUGAAAGACUAUGCACUUCGAUUGUCUGGCCUACCGUGGCUGGACGGAACUGUGCGCAUGGAGGAAGAACUCAAGGAGAGGUUGCAGCUCACGACUGGCCACGCAGUGGUUGGAGUCUCUGUCUGCUGGGACUACCAUGAACAUCAGGAAGCUGUUCGUGCACAGCUCGAGAAAGGAGAGGAUGUACAGCAACAAGGCGUCGUCACUCGUCAGGACGGAAACUCUGCGAUGGACAUGGGCCCAUUCAGAAAUACUCUGUUCCAUGUCGAGCAGAUGAUCCUCACAGAGGAUCAAGAGCAGCUUUUGUCAGAGGAUGAGUUUCGCGAUCUUCUGAUGUCGAUAAGGUGCUGCUCCACAGCCUUCGCUGUCUUCGAGACAGAGCGGGCGAGGGAUGAGGCAGCCCUUAUGCUGUCCUCCGGCCUUGCUUUUCGUGGCACGUGCCUCGAAGCCAGCCCUGCCGUGCGGGAGCCUCAUGGCGUGAAUUGGAGGAACAUGCGGACAACUGGCCUUGCCGGUAGGCUCGAGAGGCUGGGAAGAGGCUUCGCCCUGAUCCUGUUGGGCGUCGCUUUGUACCUCGGAAUUUUCUAUGCACCCUAUGCUUGGUCCAUCCUGAAGUUUAACUACGAGGGUGGUCAGCAGCCUGGCAUAGUGUACACCAUCGCCUUCUCUCUGAUUGUUUGUGUGGGCAACCUGAUGAUGGCAGACAUGUGCAGCCGUGUGGCAGACACCAUUGGCUUCGAAUACAAGGAGACCAGAGAAAAUUGCUACAUGGUCCUCUACUUGCUGGCCAUUGUGAUCAAUGUUGGUCUUGACAUAUGGACCACUUACUACAUGGCAUCUCAGAUCAUGAUCGGUCUGCACUUCCGAACCGAAGACGGACGUCUACUGGCAGAUGUGCACAACUUCCUAGAGCGUUUCGAGAGCUAUGCCCUGCAGCGGUCAAUGGGCCAGCAGCUCUACGAAUAUGCGUUUCCAUGCACUUUUCUGGUUCCCUUCCUUGCAGAGCCUCUGGCUGUGAUCUUUGCAUUUUCGCGGAUCUUUAUGCUUUUGAUCCGCAGCCACCCGGAGGUAAAGCCUUGGGUGAGCCGCAGCUGGUUGGCGGCCCUUGACCUGGAGCUGGGCCGCUAUGCAGACUGCUUGGUGAACGUCUUUCUGGCCGUCCUGGUGUUUUUCUUUCCCGGUGGCUACACCCACUGGGUAUUUGCAUUGCUGGCCAUCUGCCAUGCUUACAUCUAUGUUUACGACCAUUAUAGAGUCCUUCGUGUGGUGCCUCGCGUUGUGAUCCACUCCAUGAGCGUGGACUUCUGCGCGCAGGUUCUUCUGGCACCGGCAUGUGGGAUUUUGCUGGUUUGUCUGAUCUUCAAAGGCAACUGCAGCAAGAACGCUCUGUAUUGCCUGGAGGCCGAGCCGCUCCUCUGGCUGUGCCUGGUAGCCUUCCUCUUGCACUGCGCCGUCCAUGCUCUGAUCAUCUGCUUCGUGGUGCCGUACUGGGUCGGACGGACUCGCAAAGAGAAGGUUUAUCGGAAAGAUGCCAAGUCAUUCAAGGAUGUAGCGGCGGAAGAGCCUUGCAGCUGGUUCACGGCAAACCCAAUCCACUGCUUGCGGUCCAGUUUCGUCUACCACCACUCCCCUCCGUGCAGCUUCUACACCCCCGGGAUGGAGCACACCAUGCAGGUGAACGAGAGCAUUGGUUGCCACUUUACGGAGGUUGACGAGACGGUGGAAGACGACACUGGGCUAGCUCUUAGCCGCCUCAGCCUUCACAUUCCUUUCGUCAUGGUGCACAGCUACUUGCAGUUGCCACGCUUGCCAACUCUACGUGAUUUGAAGCAUAUCCUGGACAACGAAGAGGAUGAUAGCACCAAGGGAGACACAGAUGCCACCCUGGUUGAUGACUACACCACGGCUAAUGGGCGAGGAGGGCGCAAGAUCAUUAAAGAUAUGAUGCAGCCGAAAAGGGCGCAGCGAAUGGCGGAGUUUGAUUUGCCAUGCACCCGGCCGAUGAAUCAGAUACGUGGCUUCGAGAGCGAGACCAAGGAGACGCAGCGAGCUGCGCGCACUCGUGAUGCACUUCGUCAGCUGGGUGCCAAGAAGGAUCUCUUGAACUUGGAUUCCUACUUGCUCGACAGGCCAGAAGCAGUGAACACGCCGGUCCUGUUCGACCAGGGCUCCCUCCUGCACGUUGCGGCCAUGCGUGGCCACCAGGAUAUGGUUCAGAUGUUGAUCCAUCAGCGAGGCGCAGACGUUGAAAGAACGAACUACGCCCAGCAGACCUCGCUGCACGCUGCUUGUGAUGGCAACCACGCGAACAUUGUGGUGGAUCUUCUUGCAGCCGGAGCUGAUGCAGACAAGCGCGAUGCACUGCGGCAGACGCCGCUGCACCGCGCAGCGCAUGUCGGUGCCGUGGACUGUCUGCUGGCGCUGCUGGAGUAUGGGGCCAACGCAAAGCUCAGAGACGAUGGUGGGCUGCUCCCAGUUCACACCGCGGCUUUCCGCGGCAGAGACGAAGUUUUGCGGAUACUCAUCUCCCAGGAUCCAACUUCUGCCAAUGCCGAAGCUGCGGAUGGAUGGACCCCCCUGCAUUUUGCCAGUCACGGUGGCCAUGUCGCCGCCACAGAGGCACUACUGGAGUGCGGAGCUUAUGCCCACUCUGUCGACAAGGAGAAGCGCACGGCUCUGCACUGCGCAGCCGCUUCCGGCUCUGAGACCACCUGCCAGGCCUUGCUGCGCGCAGGAGCAGACCUCGAGUGCAUGGACCAGCUGAAGAAGUUGCCCGUCCAUGUUGCCUGCGAGGAAGGCUGCAUCCAAGUCGUCCGCUUUCUCCUUGAUGCUGGCAGCCCGUUCGACACGUUGGAUGGCCAGCGAAGGACGCCGCUUUUGAUCGCCACGCGCGCUGGCAACCUGGAGCUUUGCGAGGUCCUCCUCAGUGUGGGUGCCGACCCCAAUACCGGCGACAUGGCACGGGGAAUCCCCAGUGCCCUGGCACUGGCCCGGAGAGGUACGAACCCAGCCCUGCGGGGCCUUAUUGAGGAGUAUGCUCGUGCUGCUGCUGCUGCAUCAGCAGCCAUGCCUUUGGCUGACACUGAGAAGGCACCGCCGGCGGGCAACGAGUCCAAGUCAACUCUGCCCGAGGUGCCAGGGCCAGAGGUGGCGCCGCUCCCUUUUGGCUCUCAGCGCCCCAGACGCCCUGACGUUCUAACAGUUCCGUGCCCCUCUUAUCGCCCAAGCAGAAUGGAGGAGUGGAAGCUCGACAGGAAGAACAUCCGCGCGGGCAGCUUCAAGUGGCAUGCGGAUGAGUACUAUGCACGAGGGGACAACAAGCCAAAGCACAUGUACUCGCCGGACUGGCUCGACGUGGAGAUGAAAACUCAUCAUGAGAAAGCCCGUGGAGGGACGGCUACAAUCAAGGUCAAUCCUCUUGAAGGUCCAUCUUCUCCGAAGCCGAGCUACGGAUUCUUCGAGCCCGAUGCGUCCCUGCGGCCGAAGUCUCCGAUCGCCAUGGAUUUGGGAUGGCAAACAUUGUCUGGGACGCAGCCCUUGGCCAACACAUUGAACAAGAGGAGGCCCGUGUCCGCAAUGGCGCUGACAUCGCCUGGCCAGGAAUUGGGUUCGACCUCCCCAACUGCCAGCCCGAAGGGGCACCUGGUGAACGCCCUGCUCUCUCCAUCCCGGGCAAGCGGAAGAGCCAUGACCGCCAUUCCAGGGCCACGAGGCAUGGCGCGCAAUGCCAGCAGUCCGGCGGAGACCUUUGGUCUCAGCUCACCCAACCGUUUGACACUGCCCUCGCCGCACUCGCCAAUGGGACGUUCGGAGCAGGACUUCGAUCGUCUCUGUGGCCUGGGACGCUCUCCUUCGCAGCCGCUGCAUGAGACCGCGUACUGUCAACCAUCCCGGCUGCGUAAGGAACGCUCGACGUCAAGAAACUGA